UUCGCGACGCGUCCCCGCUGACACUUCAAAAGACAACAUAGCAGCAAACUGUGUUAGCAAGGUCGAAAGUAAGACAAUAUCGUAGACUUUGAACUUUAUGCUCGUCCAAAGGGCUUGUUUUCCUGACUGCCUUUUGUUAACAUCACGGGUCAAUAGCAGCAGAGUGCUUUGCACGUCCUCAGCCUUAUUUUAGUUCGUGCAGUGGUAGCAUUUAGCUUGUUUAGCAGUCAUCAUGGCUAUGGUGGGGCUGAGAGCAUCUUACCACAGAAUCCUCGACAGGAUCGAGCAUAUGCUGCCGGCUAAACUGAGACCUUUUUAUAACCACCCUGCAGGUCCAAAGACUGUUUUCUUCUGGGCACCAAUGUUUAAAUGGGGUCUGGUCAUAGCUGGCUUAGCAGACUUGACACGUCCAGCAGAUAAACUCAGUACCUCCCAGUCUGCUGUGCUGACAGCCACAGGUCUCAUUUGGUCCAGGUAUUCCCUGGUUAUCAUACCCAAGAACUGGAAUCUCUUUGCUGUAAACUUCUUUGUCGGAGGUGCAGGAGGAUCACAGCUCUACAGAAUAUGGAUGUAUAAACGGGAACAGAAGGCGGAGGAGAAAGAAGCUCAGGCUUGAUACCUGUAUAAAGUGCAUCCAGAGGACCCGAAAAGGACUCUCCUCGACUGGUACCCCAGAAUUUUCCCCUCCAUCCUAUAGAGCCUCCACAUACUUUCUUCAUGAACAGAGAUCAUCCGAUUCUUUUAGAGUUCAGGUCAUUGUCCCGUGCCACUUGUACCUAUAGCAACAAUUAACAGUUGUUAAUAACGCACAAAAUGUUACAUAUUCAUUUUAGUAUGAUUGUACAUUCUUUAAAAGGCUUGUGUUUCUAAUGCAUCUUGAUGAUAAAGAUGUUUUCCAUCCAAUAUACUUGAGCUACCAUCAUAAUUCUUACCACUGAGUGAAUUUCUUCACUCAGCUUCUGUCAUACUGUUAUCAGAAUGUCUCCAAAUAAAUUUUAGAAGUCACUUUCAUUAUAUGUAUUUCUUAGGAAAUAUUUAUUGAACAACUGUAAUGCAUUUUUUUUUUCCUUUUCCAAUUUUUACAUAUCCAUAAAUUGUUUUAGUCAAAACCCAUACGUUACAAACUACGCACUGAACUGUACUGUAAUAUUGAAAAUUUGAUGAACAUCAAAAUAAAGGAAUAUUAAAAUCAAAUUUACUAAAACACCCUUAUAA